AUGGUCUCCAGUGAUGGCUCUGAAAAGACACCGCUCGUCUCUCUGAUAGCUGGAGGAGCGGCUGGUGGUGUCGAGGCGACAAUCACAUAUCCAUUCGAAUUCGCCAAAACAAGAGUCCAAUUACACGAAGACAGUCCGACGCGCAACCCUUUCCGGGUGAUCAAAGCAGUCAUCGAAAAGGAAGGGCCGCGAUCUCUGUACAAGGGAUGCGAGACGCUCGUGAUGGGGACGGUGUUGAAGGACGCGAUCCGGUUCAUCUCGUUCGACAGCAUCAAGAACGCCUUCAAGGACCCGGAGACCGGCACGCUAUCGCCGCUCCGCAACCUCAUGGCGGGCAUCUCUGCAGGCGUUGUGGCCAGCACGUUUGCCGUAACGCCGACGGAGCGCAUCAAGACGGCGCUCAUCGACGACGCGAGACACGACAGGCGGUUCACGUCCCCGCUGCACGCCACCCGCACUCUCAUCGCCGAGCACGGCGUCCGGAAUGCGCUGUACCGGGGCUACGUCACGACGACGCUGAAGCAGGCGAGCACCACGGCCGUGAGGCUGGGCACGUACAACAUCCUCAAAGACUUUGAGCGGCUGCGUAACAUCGAGCAGACGACGGCGACGACGUUUGCGAAUGGCGCCGUCGCAGGCACCGUCGUCGUCUUCGUCACGCAGCCCUUUGACACGCUCAAAACGCGUGCCCAGAGCGUGAAAGGUGCCGGCGUCGCCGAGGCCUUCAAGAGCAUCGUCGACGACUAUGGCGUCCGAGGUCUGUGGAGGGGAAGUACCAUGAGGCUCGGCCGGACCGUGUUGGCAGGUGGUAUCUUGUUCACCUCGUACGAGUGGAUCGCAACGAUGAUCCAGCCUGUGUUGGACAAGAAGUUCGUACCAAAGGUCAAGGCGGAAUGA